AUGGUGGCGACUGCCUCUCACCUUCGUCAGACCGACUCUAGCUCCAGUAAGCUUGCUUUGAUUAAGGCCGAGCGAGAUGAACUGAAAGUGAGUCUGCUGGAGUUAGAAAGGGAGAAGCGGUCGUUCAAGGAGUGCUAUGAUCUUUUGGCAAGGGAGAAAGCGUCUUUGGAGGACAAUAUGACUGCUUUAGAUGGAUUGAGGUUGGAGGAGGAUAUUGCGAGGAGGAAGGUUGCAUAUGAGGAUUUAGGGUGGUUGCUUCAGAAAGGCAUUGUCCAGGUGGUGGAUAAGAUUUUUGAGAGUAAUGAGUUUGCGUUGGGGGUUAAGCGGAUGAAGAUGGCAUGUUUGAUUGCCAGUGUAGAAAAUGGAAAACAGGUGAUUCAGGAGCAGGUUGCCACCAGAAAGCUUAUUUUCGGGGAAAUGGACGCUACUGCGAAGCAUGCUCAGGCGAUACAUGCUGCUAUAAAAUCUUUCAUGGAGACAAAUUUUGCCUCCUACCUUCGCCUGGGUGAGCUGGACAUAGGGGGCCUUCGCCAGAUGUGCGAUGAUCCUAACUCUGAGGAAGGCCAUCUUGAAGGUGGCUCUUCUCAGGUUGGACCUUCCUCCACUCCUAACUAA